AUGUCCCGACAGCGCAAGAGGAAACCAAAGUUCCAUGUGGGCGGCCUUCCGCCCAGCCAAGUACAAGGCGACACCAGCGUACACUUUCUCACCAGUGGCCGCAACACUUCGUCUCGUCUUCUCAAUCUCGCGCCAACCGCAGCUACGCGGGUUCAAGCAACCGAGGACCUGGCAGAAUGGAUGCCGUUCUUGGACCUGGCGGACGAAGAGCUGGCAGCCAUCGCGCUGACCAUAUCGUCAGAACCUCAGCCAUUGGAGGAUGACCAGCACGCAGGAAAGCGCAAGCGCACGGCCUCGGAUGACCCCAUGGCUCUUUGGCGCCCGAUGAUGCGCGCCUACCUUGACGAACUUAUACGAGGGGAAACACUGGGGAGACAUGGCACUCGCCCUUCGUGCGCCGCUUGUGGGGAGUCGCUCGGCGAGGGCUCCAAUUCACGCGCAUUUCGCUGCACCGAAUGUGGUCCAUCCAUUCAUUGCGAGGAGUGCCUGCGUAGUCGACACGAGCAGUUACCUCUGCAUUCUCCCCAAGUCUGGACAGACUUUUGGCGUAAAUCGACACUUUUCAGUCGCAGUGGUCUUGGAAUGGUGUACCAGCUUGGCCACCAUGGAUUUCCGUGCCCGUAUCCCGAAUCGCGAGUACGAACACUGGUCGUCAUUGAUGUGGGAGGCAUUUUCAAGGUGGAUGUGAGGUUUUGCGCCUGUAGCGCUAGUCUGCGCCACAAACACAUGCAUCUGUCUCAGCUUUUAGACAAUGCUUGGUACCCAGCGACGACCAUGGAGCCCGCCACGUGUGCGACAUUCCGAGUUCUCGAUCUCUUCAGAACACUCAAGGUCGUUGGGAAUAUGAACGCGCAUGACUUUGUGGGGUCCCUGGAGCGGAUGACGAACGCAACGUUUACUGAGCAGGUUCCGGAUCGUUACAAGGCUUUCGGAAGGAUGAGUCGACAAUACGAUUUCCUUCUUCGUGCCAAACGGGCCGGACGCGGGCACGCAAAAGAGGGCUUGGCAGAUAUCCCUGCAGGUGGCCUGGCUGUUCAUUGCUGGGCAUGCCCUGAUCCCAAUCGCAACUUGCCGGAGGGCUGGGACACGGUCGACAAGUCCAAAUCAUAUCUGUACUCCCUAAUGCUGGCCCUCGACGCGAACUUCCGCCUGAAGAACCGGAUUCGAGGGAACGAACGCAAUGACCCUUCACUAGGAAGUGGUCUCGGUUAUUUCGUGGAGCUAAAUCAGUACAAGGAGCAUCUUCGGCACUACGUUGCUGAAGAAGAUGUCAGCACUUGUAUUGCUUUCGCGGCAUUGAUGCAGAAGGAAACGAGGCUUACAACGGGCCUUAGGGUAUCUGGUGUCGGCGGCUGUGUCUGUGCUCGCCACGGACUUGUUCGACCAUUGGGACUAGGGGACUUGCAGAAGGGGGAGCGCUACGCGAAUAUGGACUGGAUUUUCCUCAACGCUGUGGGUGGCGCGGGCUUAAAGCGACUCGUUGUGUCCUACGAUAUCGCGUGCCAAUGGCAGCAACACAUUCGAGAGCGAGCGAAAAAACUCCACGACCAGGAACUUGUCACGACGCAACUAGACGACUACACGUUGCAAUUCGCGCUCCCUGUUUGGCACGCUGUUGCUCAUGAAUCCAGUUGUCAAGCGGCAAAUUCUUUGACACAUGCAGUCGGCGUUGGGCGGACAGACGGAGAGGGUAUUGAAAGAACAUGGGCGAUCUUGAACCCCAUCGCGUUCUCGACCAAGGAGAUGGGAGAGGGCAACCGACAUGAUACGAUUGAAGACAAGGUCGAUCACGUCAAUUUUGAGAAGAACGUCAAGCAAGGUCGGGACGAUUAUUACUUCGGUUUCACCAAACUGAUUACCAACGAUGCAGGAGAUACAUUGGCAAGGAAAAUGAUCAUCGCUUUGGCAGAGCGUGAUCAGCAAGUCAGAGAGUUCAACCAAGUGGACGACAGCCUCGAGCCCUCAUUGCGAGAAGAGUGGCAGCUCAAAGUUGACGCUUGGAAUGCGGAUAAAACGUGCCCGAAUCCUUACCUUUCAGACGCGAAGCACGCGGGACCUUCAGAGGCACAGAUUCUUGCAGAUCUGAAGAAGUCGGAAUUGGAGCAACUGCGCAGUGGACGCGGAAGUGAAUUGGGAGCGGGUAGAACAACAGCUGCUGCAUUUAUCAAGGGUGCACUACAACUCGAAGACCAACAACGCCGUAUUCGUUUUGAAGCAAGCGGGACGAUGACUUUGACUGCUGAGCGCUCAAGUCAGCUGGACGAAUUACGUGUGGCAGUCCUCAAGAAGCUGCGCACAUUGGAGACGCACCAAAUGGUAUUCAUGCCAGGUGUGGAAGAAUUGCGCUCUGCGGAGGAGGAGAAACGCGAUGCCGACCUUCCUCCCCCACCUGCCGAAACAACGAAGCUUUGGCUGCCAAGCGACCUAUCGGUGGAGCAGCGCGAAGGCUAUCUGCAGGCCCGCAUUGGUGGAGAUAGAAGCCCAACUCCGACUAGGGCAACCCACUUAAUCGAUACGCGCAAUGCGAAUGCGGUUGGGCAAAGCUCGAGCACCAGGUUUGGGACAUUAAUCGGCAGGGUGGGGGAUCAGGCUCGGCGUCAAGCGAACAAAUAUCGAGAGGCGAGAUUAGCCCUGUUGCGACUGAAGGGCCCCGAGUUUGCGCCACAGUUCCGGGAGCUGCGCGAUGAAGAUCUACGGGUACAUGUCGAAUCGGAGAGCGAUGCCAAGGCGCGGGCAGCUUUGGGGAAGCUAGGCUCAACGAGGCGUGCGCGAAAUGAACCGUCCGUGACAAAGAAGAUGUUGCCUGUGUCGUGGAUAUGGUUUGCAGGUGGGGAGGCUGAUAAAGAGGAACUACAUGACUCGGUCCGCGUGCAAUGGACCAAGUCACGCGCUCGACACGACCGAUGGAUUGAAGAAGUACAUCUCUUGCGGGAGGAGAUGCGUCGCGUUAUCAAGAGUGUCGAGGUUGUGCAAAGAGAGUGGAAGGAACGAGAGCAGUUACGAGAUGACGUGGACGAGGAGUUGGCAGCGGGCUUAACAGCGUAUGCUAAGCGCCAAGCAUACAUCUAUCGGGGGGUCGAGGAGGCAUUUCGCGCAAGCUGGGGCACUUCAGGUGUGGCGGCUAUUCGUGCGGCAGCAGUAGUGGAGCCACUGACAACGAUGACGUCAGUUGGCGAAGAUUAG